CGUUAGUUACUUAGUUCAUUCGGAUUAUCUCGCUUUUUACGUUUGGUAAAGCAGUUGCCAUUUGUAAUCAAAAACAGACAGGAUGGCUGAUACAGGAAAGGAUUACAUUUCAAACAGCGCUGAUCCAAAAAAUAUUCAGGAUCUUACAGUGUUUGUACAGAAUUUACUUCAACAAAUGCAAGAUAAAUUCCAGAACAUGUCCGAUCAGAUCAUCACAAGAAUAGAUGAUAUGGGUAACCGUAUAGAUGAUCUGGAGAAGAAUAUAGCAGAUCUGAUGACUCAGGCUGGUGUUGACGAUCGAGCAUAGAUCGCAGCAUCCUACAUACCAAGCGCUUUUUCUCAAGUGUGAUAAAUAUCAUAGUGGUCCAAGUUUACUUCUGCUGAGAAAACAGAAGACAUUCUAGUUAUUUUCUAUUCUCGCUUUUUCUAGAACUCUUUCCUGGAAUUUUUCUCCUUGCAUGCUUUUAGUAUUGCUACAAAACAUUUAUAGUGAAUUAGUUUGUAUUUGUUUGCUUGUUCUUUUGAAGUUAAAGAAGAAUAUAGUAUUAUGGAAAAAAAUACUGAAAUUGCCGAGUUCCAAAACUUAAAAUUUGAAACACAUGGCAGUUAUAUGUUGUGUUUAUAACAAAAAGUAUACAUUUUGCCACUUAAACUAUUUAUUGCUUUAAUUACAGAUUUUGCUAAAUAUUCUGCUGUUUGUGGAAAACGCUUGGUAUAUUCAAUGUUUCAUCAACAUUAUAAUGACAUAAUUUAUCAAAAUUUGUCCCACAGAGGUUUGAGAAGUAUUUAACAUGAUUUGUGAGUUUCUUGUUGGUUUGAUAGUAUGCAUGGUUCUGCAAUAUGGCAUCUAAUGAAUUGUUCAUGUGUGAUGGUGAAAGGUUUUUUAGUAUUUCAUACUCCUAAAGCAGUCAAAAUUAUAUGAUGAUAAGUUUGCAUGUAUAAUCUUUACUGAAAAUGUACAGAUACUUAAUCCAGUAUUUUCAAUAUUUUUUUAAGCCAUAAAUGGUCAAUGUUAGUUAUACUGAAUUCUGUAUAAAAGUAUUUUAAGAUGUGUUUAUCGUGUACAAACAUUUUCAAAUAAAACAUUUCAUGAAAAAAAUUAAGAUAUCAUCAGAAAAAAAAAUAGUAAAGUGAUUUUGACCUACUUGGCUAUAGUUAAUUACCGACUUUACUAUAUAUUUUUGUGCAUUUUCAGUACUGACCAAGACAUAACUUGUUAAUUUUCAUUGCAUUUGUAGGUGUGAACAUAAUAUUUUAUAAUAUGUGUUACAAAAUGUGCCUUUAAUUCCAUAUCAUCUCAGAAAACAACCUUUUAAAAUCAGGGUGUUGUCUUAAAGACAGUGACAUAGUCUUUAUUAAGCACGCAUAUGUGUUGAAACACGUUCGAGAUUUUCACAUUAGACUGCUAUCUUUCUCAAAUCAUUCUAUGUGCAGUCAGUAAGAAAGAAACUUGUAAAUUUCUUUUUAUACAAAAUAAAGCUAUGUCACUGUAAAUGGAGAUAUACACAGCAGAGAGGUGCUCAAAACUUUCUUGUUUUAUGGCGCACAUUUUUUAUGUGUAAAACCUGUUCAAGUUAUGAUUAGAUUGAAUGAAAACAUUCUUAAAGGUUUUGUGUUAUUUUUGUAAAUGAAAUUCGUAAAUGCAAAGCACCGAUUUCAUCAUUAGUGAAAAUUUUGUUUCAAAUAUUAUCUACAUACACCUUUUACUGACAGAAAAAUCAUAUAAUAUACAAAAAAAUCAAAAUUUCAGUACAAUUGAAAUGGUUUUGGCAGCUUUUUUUGCUUAAGUAUUUACCAAUAUUAUGACACUCAACUUGUAUUAGGUUAUUUUAUGUUGAAUACUAACAAAAAACCGCAAGAGAUUUCUGUAAGUUAAACAUCAUUUAAAAUUCCAACCAUUUAAAGACAGUGUCAGUAUUCAACUUGUUAUGUCCUAUGCAAUAUAGAAUGAUAUCUCCAUGGCGAUUGUUCAGGUUGAAUUUGUGUUUUCCUCUGGGCUCAGUUAUUUGUUAAUAUACGUUUUUGUUAAAAGCCAGAGUUUUAUAUGAAAUUCAGUGUAUUUUAUGUAGUACUUUACAAAGAAUAUACAUUGUAUAUGAAUUCUUAUUGUAAGAAAUCUGUUUAUUUCCAAAAAAACCUAUUAAUUUUACAAAGGAAAAUAUUCUGGAAGCAUGCCAACAUUAUUAACUUGAAAAUACAGAAAUUGGUGUUUAUUUCAGCUGAAUAUUAGCAGUGCAAUGUGUAAUGUUACAAUUUGUUAUGGAAAAUAUUGGGCAAUAGUUUCAAGUUUUUCUGUACUAUUCACAGUUUUUUUUUUAGAUGUGGUAUACACAAUAUUUCUCUUCUUUCUUGUGAUAAAUGUAAAAAAAAAUUAUGAUGUAAUAUUAUAUUCUUUUUGUUGUGAAAUAAACAAAAUUGUGUGGAAAACUUG